GGACGGUGCCCCUGGGGUCCGAGGGCGCACGGAGGGAGCCGGGUGCUGGAGGCUCGGCCUGGCCGCUGUUCCCUCCCACCACCGGCGCCGGGUGCUCCCGGCUCUGGGGAACAGCAGGUGGGAAGGAGAUCUUCCUUAUUCCUGCUCCCUCCACAAACGCGUCCCAUCCAAUCCAGUGGAAGCCAGCCGGGCCAAAAGGACACUAGAACUGCAGUCUGGACCGUGGUGGGUUUGUCUUCCAGCUGUUGACCGAGACAGUCUUUCAAUAGCCUCAUCUGCUGUUAAAUGAAAGGAUUUGAGCACCCCCUCCACGCCUAACAUUCUGGUACGAGGUGCCUGCCUCCCGGACAUUUCAGCCUUCACAUACAGUUAGACCAACUUGAAACCGAAUUCUGCCUUGUCUGUUUAUUGCUGUGGGACCUUUGAGAACCUCUCUCUAGACUCCAGUUGCUUCUCUUCUCCACCUGUGAACUUCCUCCAAGAAUUGCCAAGCUACCGGUCCAUUGCACGUAGGAGAACGACUGUCCAUUCCCGGGACAAGCAAAGCGGAACUUUGCUAAAGCCAACCGACUCUUACAGCUCCCAGCUGGAGGACAGAAUCGCUGAAAACCUCAGCAGCCAAUCUCUUCGAAAUUAUGCACUGAACAUCUCUGAGAAGCGGAGACUAAGGUUUGUUCACUAGCCACCUGGAACCUGCAUUGUGUAUGUUAUGGCCCAGAGGGACAUUCAGGAGACACAAAUGAAGUAUCUCUCCGAAUGGGACCAGUGGAAGCGGUAUAGCAGCAAGUCUUGGAAGAGGUUCCUAGAGAAGGCUCGAGAGAUGACGACCCACCUGGAACUGUGGCGGGAGGACAUCCGCAGCAUAGAAGGGAAAUUUGGCACUGGGAUUCAGUCCUAUUUCUCCUUCUUGAGAUUCCUGGUGUUGCUGAAUUUGGUGAUAUUUCUGAUCAUCUUUAUGCUGGUUUUGCUCCCAGUCUUACUCACGAAAUACGAGAUCACCAACAGCAGCUUCAUGCUCAUUCCUUUCAAAGACAUGGAUAUACAAUGUACAGUCUAUCCAGUAAGCAGUUCUGGACUCAUUUACUUUUACAGUUAUAUCAUAGACUUGCUUUCUGGCACUGGUUUCCUGGAGGAAACUAGCCUCUUUUACGGACAUUACACCAUUGAUGGGGUGAAAUUUCAGAACUUCACCUAUGAUCUGCCCCUGGCGUAUUUGUUAAGCACAAUCGCCUCCCUGGCCCUGAGCCUUCUUUGGAUAGUGAAAAGGUCGGUGGAAGGAUUCAAAAUCAACCUGAUUCGGAGUGAGGAGCACUUUCAGAGUUACUGCAACAAGAUAUUUGCCGGCUGGGACUUCUGCAUCACUAACCGCAGCAUGGCGGAUCUGAAGCACAGCAGCUUGCGGUACGAGCUCCGAGCAGAUCUGGAGGAAGAAAGAAUGCGGCAGAAAAUAGCAGAAAGGACCUCAGAAGAAACAAUACGCAUUUACUCCUUGAGACUGUUUUUGAACUGUAUUGUUCUGGCUGUUUUAGGGGCAUGCUUUUAUGCAAUAUACGUAGCAACUGUCUUCUCGCAAGAGCACAUGAAAAAGGAAAUCGACAAGAUGGUUUUUGGAGAGAACCUCUUCAUAUUGUAUCUACCAUCUAUUGUGAUCACGCUGGCCAAUUUUAUCACCCCAAUGAUCUUUGCCAAGAUCAUCCGCUAUGAGGAUUAUUCUCCAGGCUUUGAGAUCCGUCUGACAAUCCUUAGGUGUGUCUUUAUGCGGCUGGCCACCAUAUGUGUCCUGGUGUUCACGCUGGGCUCCAAGAUCACAUCCUGUGAUGAUGACACAUGUGACCUUUGCGGCUACAACCAGAAACUCUACCCGUGCUGGGAGACCCAAGUUGGGCAGGAAAUGUACAAGCUGAUGAUCUUCGACUUCAUCAUCAUCUUGGCUGUGACACUCUUCGUGGAUUUUCCUAGAAAGCUCCUGGUGACCUACUGUUCCUCUUGCAAGCUGAUUCAGUGCUGGGGGCAGCAGGAGUUUGCCAUUCCUGAUAACGUCCUGGGGAUAGUUUACGGGCAAACCAUCUGCUGGAUCGGAGCCUUUUUCUCACCCCUUCUCCCUGCAAUUGCAACCCUGAAAUUCAUUAUCAUCUUCUAUGUGAAAGAGUGGAGUCUGCUUUACACCUGCAGACCCUCCCCCAGGCCGUUCAGAGCAUCCAAUUCUAAUUUCUUCUUCCUGUUGGUGUUGUUGAUCGGGCUGUGUUUGGCAAUAAUACCUCUGACAAUCAGCAUAUCACGCAUCCCUUCCUCGAAAGCCUGUGGGCCGUUCACCAACUUCAACACCACCUGGGAGGUCAUCCCCAAGACGGUGAGCACCUUCCCCAGCUCGCUGCAGUCCUUCAUCCAUGGUGUCACAUCCGAAGCCUUUGCAGUUCCUUUCUUCAUGAUUAUUUGCCUCAUCAUGUUUUACUUCAUUGCCUUAGCUGGAGCACACAAACGGGUGGUCAUCCAGCUCCGAGAGCAGCUAUCCCUGGAAAGUCGUGACAAGCGCUACCUAAUCCAGAAACUAACAGAAGCCCAAAGGGACAUGAGGAACUAACUAGACUGAGCGUGAAGAUGGUGCUGCCUGUUGCUUCUAAGCUGACCUAGUGAUUCUGCUGAGCCUACAGAGUCUACCUGGGUUUUGAGUGGACAUUUAAAAAUAUAUUUUUCUUGAGUUUA